CUCCUGUUUCUCGACUGUCAAGAUGGCGGCCCCCAGGAGUUGCGCUCUAUGGGGCAACUGCAGCCGUGGGUGGUCGCGGAUGAUGCGGGGCUGCCGGCUCCCUGGGCUUCGUAGCUCCUGGCCCGGGGGCACGCUGGGUGCGCGGCUCUUGUCCCACGAGAAGCAGGCAACGGAAACUCACUUCGGGUUUGAGACUGUGUCGGAGGAGGAGAAGGGGGGCAAAGUCUAUCAGGUGUUUGAAAGUGUGGCCAAGAAGUACGAUGUGAUGAAUGAUAUGAUGAGUCUUGGUAUUCACCGUAUUUGGAAGGAUUUGCUGCUCUGGAGAAUGCACCCAUUUCCUGGGACCCAGCUACUCGAUGUUGCUGGAGGCACAGGUGACAUUGCAUUCCGGUUCCUUAAUUAUAUUCAGGCACAGCAUCAGGGAAAGCAGAAGAGGCAGUUAAAGGCCCAGCAAAAUUUAUCCUGGGAAGAAAUCGCCCAACAGUACCAGAAUGAAGAGGAUUCCUUGGGCGGCUCCCGCGUUGUGGUCUGUGACAUCAACAAGGAGAUGCUGAAGGUUGGAAAGCAGAAAGCCCGUGCUCAAGGAUACAAAACUGGACUUUCUUGGGUAUUGGGAGAUGCUGAAGAACUACCCUUUGAUGAUGACAAGUUUGAUGUUUACACCAUUGCCUUUGGGAUCCGGAACGUCACACACAUCGAUCGGGCACUCCAGGAAGCCCACCGGGUCCUGCAACCAGGAGGACGGUUUCUCUGUCUGGAGUUUAGCCAAGUCAACAAUCCCCUUGUGUCCAGGCUUUACGAUCUCUAUAGCUUCCAGGUCAUUCCAGUCCUGGGAGAGGUUAUUGCAGGAGACUGGAAGUCCUACCAAUACCUCGUGGAGAGUAUUCGACGGUUCCCAUGUCAGGAGGAGUUCAAGGAGAUGAUAGAAGAUGCAGGUUUUCAGAAGGUGACUUACGAAAGUCUAACAUCAGGCAUUGUGGCCAUUCAUUCUGGCUUCAAACUAUAACUCCUUUGGCAUCCUGGAGUGUGAAUCACUCACAUCCUGCCAGACGCCUGCAACUGAAAGAUAGUCAGGCGGGUGAGACCAGCAGCAGAAUGUCUCCUCCUAAUAUGUGCCUUGGACUCUUUUCUGAUAUGACCAAGCUCAAAGUGGAAGAAACAAAUUCCUGUCACUUUAUUUCAGCUUUCAUUAGGAACUGCUUCAGGUCUUCUCCCUGAGGUAUUGGGUAUUUUUUGCUCAAUUCCUGUGAUUUUUUUUCUCAGCUCUGCAGUGUGUGGUUUGGGUAAAACCAGCACUAAAGCGGUUUUGAAGCAUGUUUGUAGUUUCUCUGCUGGUGCUGACUUCCAGAGGGAAAAUGAAUUAUUUCAAUCUAAUGAUUUGAACCAGAAAACGUCCUAACUGUACCUGAGUCAACCUCUCAUUCUAGGACUGGUUGGAGGCCAAAAGCCAAGGCUGAACAGAGGGCUAACGAUCCUUAGAAUUAUGUACUGAACCACUAAAUGAGUUUACAAUUUGUAUGGUCUUUGUGGGGUUUUUUUGAGGGAAAUAUACUUGUCAUUCAUUCAGAGCCAGUGUUGUGCCCUCCAUGCCUGUCAUGAAAAAAACAAUUCAACAACUCCUCGAAAGAAUAAAUGUACCAGCAAA